CAGGUGUUUCAUGACAAACAAGCAGAGUUUCAUCUGGAGCUGCACAGUAAGAAACAGAGGAAAAUAUGAGAGCUGCUGUAACCUUCUUGGUUUUGGUGAAUUAUUUCACCAGCUGCCAUGGCUUGAGCUGUAAGGCUGCUCCGCUGCAGUUUUCUGCAGUCCAGCUUGAUGCUGGUCAAGGGAUGGUGGUGAUGACUGACACAUCCUCCAACGUCUUCUUCCUCAGUGGAUCGAGUUGGACCAAACUGGGCUCUGUUCCUCUCAAGCAUGUCUCAGUGGGACCUGCAGGGAUCUGGGGAGUCAACAAUGAUGACCAAGUCUAUAAAUUUGCUGGUGGUGAUUUCUUUCCUGUUUCAGGUCAGGAGUUGAACCAGUUGGAUGCUGGUGGAGAAGGUAAUGUAAUUGGGAUUACCGACAGCGACAGCAUCCACUGUCUCAAUGCCAGUAAUGUCUCACCCACUGAGCAGGAGGGCAGUUUGAACUGGAAUACUUUGUCAGGGCAACUGAAGCAUUUAAGCUGCAGCCCAAAUGUGUGCUGGGGAGUGAAUUCCAAUGAAGCUAUCUACUACAUGGAAAUCUCACCCAAAAGCUGUAACACAAAAGGAUGGACUAAAGUUGAAGGAGAAGCAGUGAAGGCAGAAGUUGGGACUGAUGGACGUGUCUUUGUUGUAAAUAAAUCUGGAAGUCUCUUUGAAAGGUUAACUUUGAAUUAGUUUUUUUUGUUGCAU